CUUCUUGCGGCCCCGAGUCCCUCUUUCAACCUUCACUCUACCGAAUCAGGAGGGGCACCUUCAGCAGGCUCCGCGGUGCACCGGCAGCGGCUUAAUAAUUAAAGAAAAAUACAAUAUUUCUCAGCGACAUCAUGUCCCUUCUGUCCGUCAGCAGGCUAGCACCUAGGCUCCUCAAUUCAAAGAAUGCAGCCUGUGUCCUUGUGGCUGCUCGACACGCCAGCACAUCGACGAACCUGAAGGAUGUUCUCGCAGACCUCAUCCCCAAAGAACAGACCAGGAUCAAGAACUUCAAAACGCAGUAUGGCAAAACCAACAUCGGCCAGAUUACUGUAGACAUGGUAUAUGGAGGCAUGAGGGGAAUGAAGGGUCUGGUCUACGAGACUUCUGUGCUGGACCCAGACGAGGGAAUCCGUUUCCGUGGGUACAGCAUUCCGGAAUGCCAGCAGCUGUUGCCCAAGGCUGCCGGAGGUCAGGAGCCGCUACCCGAGGGCCUCUUUUGGCUCCUGGUCACUGGACAGAUCCCCACAGAGGAGCAGGUCAACUGGGUGUCCAAGGAGUGGGCCAAGCGGGCGGCCCUCCCCUCCCACGUGGUCACCAUGCUGGACAACUUCCCCACCAACCUGCACCCCAUGUCCCAGUUCAGCGCCGCCAUCACCGCCCUCAACAGCGAGAGCAGCUUCGCCUGGGCCUACUCCGAGGGUGUCAGCAAGGUCAAGUACUGGGAGUUCAUCUACGAGGACUCCAUGGACCUGAUCGCCAAGCUGCCGUGCGUGGCCGCCAAGAUCUACCGCAACCUGUACCGUGAGGGGAGCAGCAUCGGCGCCAUCGACUCCAGCCUGGACUGGUCCCACAACUUCACCAACAUGCUGGGCUACAGCGACCCGCAGUUCACCGAGCUCAUGCGGCUCUACCUCACCAUCCACAGUGACCACGAGGGCGGGAACGUCAGCGCCCACACCAGCCACCUCGUGGGGAGCGCGCUCUCCGACCCCUACCUGUCAUUCAGCGCGGCCAUGAACGGGCUGGCUGGACCCCUGCACGGACUCGCCAACCAGGAGGUGCUGGUGUGGCUGACUGCUCUGCAGAAGGAGCUGGGCGGAGAGGUGUCCGACGAGAAGCUGAGAGACUACAUCUGGAACACGCUCAAGUCUGGAAGGGUGGUGCCGGGCUACGGGCACGCCGUCCUGAGGAAGACAGACCCCCGAUACACCUGCCAGCGCGAAUUCGCCCUCAAGCACCUGCCCGACGACCCCAUGUUCAAGCUGGUGGCCCAGCUCUACAAGAUCGUCCCCAACGUGUUGCUGGAGCAGGGCAAGGCCAAGAACCCCUGGCCCAACGUGGACGCCCACAGCGGGGUCCUGCUGCAGUACUACGGCAUGACGGAGAUGAACUACUACACAGUGCUGUUCGGCGUGUCCCGGGCCCUGGGUGUUCUGGCCCAGCUGGUGUGGAGUCGGGCCCUGGGCUUCCCCCUGGAGCGCCCCAAGUCCAUGAGCACGGACGGGCUGAUGGCUCUAGUGGGGGCAAAGUCGGGUUAAAGGUGCGGGCGGGGCUAGAGGAGGGAAGGAAGACGAGGGUAAGAGGAAGGAGGUGCAGAGCUACCCCUGAGAAGGGGGGGGAUUCAAAGAGACAGUACGCUUUUAAAGUUGUUUGGAAGGAAAAAGGGCCUUUACAUUAGACUGCAUUAGGUUCACAAAAGAAAAAAGUGGUAUACGUCAAAAGUUUCGGCACAAAAGCUCCAGAUUUUUCCGGAAGGGAGGGAAGGAUUAUAAUAUGCACAGACCCACUGCACUUGUCCCCUUUUUCAAUACCCGCAUAGAGCUGAUGACUUUUAGUAAUCAUUUCCCCAUUAAAAAAAAGUGCACCUUUUGGUUUGAAGUCAAGCAUCUGUAAAACACUUAAUCCUGGGUUUCCAUAGAGUCGGUGGCCUCACGGUGGAGCUCUUCCCUGUGCUGGCCAGUGCUGGACCGUCUGGCCUUCCACAGCAGUGCUGAUCUGACAGCGUGUGCUUAUUUGCAUCAUUACCUAACUGACUGAAGACACGGGCACGAUGUCUGCCGCAGCACCGCGGUGUGGAAGCAUUCAGACGCCCAGCUGUGUUUAGAAUCACUGGGCGUAAAGUGGCCUUUCCUGUUGAAGCUCGGGCAAAUAGUGAGGGAGAGGAAACAGGGAAUGAUGGGAAAUGUGUAGCUCGGAGACUGACACUUCACAAGGAAGCAGCUUCAUUUUGUUAUUUAUUUGCUUGGCAAAUGCCCUCGCCUGGGGCCACUUGCAUGCUUAAAUUUCGCAUAUUAUUAGCUUAUUCUUAAUUGCUUCAGGACAUGUUCAGCAGUGUAAGUACCUUGCUCAUUUUACCUUGCGACCUUGUGCAUACGAGCCUUGUUCCCUAAAUUCUGCUCCACACAUCCAUGGAAACUACAAGAAUGUAAAUCGUCCCUCCUUAUUCUCAUACACGCUCUCAUAGAGAAUGUGACUGAGCCGUAGUAGCAGCAAACUAAUCCUAGUGUUCCGAUUUUCCAAAUGGUGCUACUGGGGUUUAAUAACGCCUAGAUAGUGUCUGAAUGUCUUGCCAAAUCGAACAAGAAAACAAAUGAAUCCUUUCUCCUGAAAAGCAUUAAAGCUUCCUAUGCAUUUUGCCCCAGCUUCAAUGUGAUCGGCCCACUCUGAGCUCCCUGUAAGAACACUCCAUAAAGGGAAGGUCCUUUCUGUAUAUUGCCAGACUCCCAUUAGACCACAGAUCAGGCUGAGUUUGUCUAUAGGUCAGUUAAAAGGGUACUGCCCCUUUAAAUCAAUAGUCCUCACGCCACUGUCUGACUUCAGUGAACCACCUCCAUGUCUUUCGCCAGUCAACACAACUCUCUGGCACCUUUACAAUCAGAAUAACCUCCAGGUGAUGGUAUUGUAUUAUUUGAAGCUGUGUGUUUUUUUUUUUUUUUUUCUUUGGGGAAGCUGUAUUUGGUAAGUAGAUGCAAGGGAGUGAUGGAAAGGACUAAUUUAAAUUAUAGCUGGUGAAUGAAAGGGUGUAAAUUGCCACUGGCUUACUCGUUUUGUGUGACGCAGAGGGUAAAUUUAGUUUUUGUUUUUUUUCCCCCGUUUUCUUCAUCUUCAAAUUUCUUUCUUUAGGACUAUACUUGAGAGCAACCGUGAAACAUUUUUAAUGAGCAAUCCAGGAGGACGUGCUUGUGUGUUUGAAACCAGUUUUAUUCUAGUGUUUAAAUGGUGUGUGUAAAUUUGUACCAUAUCGGAGCACUUCAGAGAUCUGCUACUCCUAAAUGAGCACUUGCUAGUUUUGAUCCCUAAGUCCUUGGCGAUGGCCAACCCUUGUUUGAAUUAGUUUCCCCUUAGAUGACUUGGUUUGGUGUGUAAUAUACAUGUCUUGUAUUAAAUUGUUGUCAAUCUUUUUUCGGGUGGCUCAUUUUGGCGGUGGUACUGUUUUUGAUGUCAUUUAGUGCUUUAACACCUUGUCACUAAAGCUGACACCAGUUGGAAGACUUAACGAGAAAAGAAAAAUCUUCUUGAGUAGGGUGACUGUCCUCAUACGUCCUAAUUAUUAAUUUGCGAUGCUUAAUUUAGAGUAAAUGCGUUCUGUUUAAAUCUGCUUUCUUGUAAAUAACACUGCUUUGUCCAGUAGAGGAGUUGUGUCCUCCUGGCUAGGCCGAUACGGGAUCCGCUCUGGUUUUAAGGUUGCUCUCAAGUCUGAGGGGAGGGGAAGGCCCAGUGCCGCUUUACCUGUCUCCGGGCAGGCGCUAAGACACUCCGUUCUGUUUGGCACUGCCAGGCCACCAUCUCUAGAGUGCUCACCCAGUCUUGUCGGGUUCGUUGCCAUCAAAUCUUCUCUCUUCAGGCUCAGUUUCGUCCCGCUAGUUGCACUUGCUGCGUGUGUUGCUUCUGUGUACGACUAUCCGGUCUCUCUCUCUGUGUGGCUUUGAUCCGUUCACAGCGGCACGCCUCAGGUUAUUCUGAUCGAUAAAGGGGAGGGUCUGGAGGAGGUGCUGGAGUCGGAAUCAUGAGGGGGGGGGGGGGGAGUGUAAGGGGGGACG